AUGGCAGUCCCAGAGUCUACGUCGAAACACGAGGGGGGGUUUCCCUGGGUCAAACUUCCCCAUCCCUACCUGACUAGCUAUAAGAUCCAUCUUAUUUCUGAAUCCACGCCGCGAGUCCUUCAAUUGCGUUUGCAUGACGAUACAGUAGGACAGGCACUACAAGAGCCACUCCACUCGGAUACAUUGACCUUUACGGACCUUCUCUACGACAGAUCUGCGAAAGAGAUUCCAAUGAACGAUAACAGUCCCUGGGCGCGCAGUUGGAGAGCCCCAGGCACUUCCUUCCAAUGGACUGGCCAGACACCCACGCUGGGACAGAUCUGGAAUGUUAUCCACGCAAUUUUCCUGACCUAUCCUCAGUAUGAGAUCGUUCGUUUAGACGACCUGAUCGGUGCUGGGAACGAUGUCAUCCGCGAGGAAUGCCUUCGAACAGGAUUGGGGAUCCCCUUUCCUUCCCGCAGAGUACCUUUUGGAGCGGAGAAUGGUCCCUCCGACGUGGACAGUCUCGUCCUAAUACGCUCUGCAUUUUGGCAAGGGGCAGGUUCUCCAGUCGGUCCGCGACCCAUUUGGGCCGUCGAUCAAGACAUUCAUGGCAAACUCCGCACCUCUGCCAGUCUGUAUCCUCCACUGGCGCAGAACUACGAAUUUUCAAUGAAAUUUCCCGACGAACGGAUAUACGCCCGACAUCCCAUUCGCCCUGUAAAACCCUCGCCGGGUUCGCUGGUCUACAGUCGUUAUAUCCCACAUCUGAACCAACAUUUCUCGCUGAUGGUAGUGGAUUGGCAAAAUGAGGAACAUCUCCGACGAUUUAACAAAUGGCAGAAUGAUCCUCGAGUCGCGAAAGGUUGGAACGAGACUGGGACUUUGGAUGAACAUCGCGAAUACUUGCGCAGACUCCAUGAAGAUAAACAUGUCCUUUGCCUGUUUGGACGAUUUGAUGAUUUUCCAUUCUCGUAUUUUGAAGUCUACUGGGCUAAGGAGGACCACUACGGCGCACACUACGACGCCGCAGACUACGACAGAGGUCGCCAUUCCCUAGUCGGCGAAGCCAGUGUACGCGGUGCUUUCCGCGUAAAUGCAUGGUGGGCCAGUCUGAUCCAUUAUAUUUUCCUGGACGAGCCGCGGACCAUGAAUGUGGUCGGGGAACCGAAAGCGACAAACGCGUCGGUUCUUUCGUACGAAAAUGCGCAUGGUUUGACGAUAGAAAAAUACGUGGACCUAGGCCAUAAACGCUCCGUUCAUGUUCGGUGUAGUCGGGAGAAAUGGUUUCAGCUUUGUCCGUUGUUCUGGGAUGGGAGGGACCGACCGUUGGAAAAUUCUGAUCGGACGGCUUGGGAUGCAAAGCUAUAG